AUGUCCAUGGUUACAUCACCAUUUCAGCUUCUAGAAAUCAAUCUCAUAUCUGCACAAGAUCUAACACCAGUUAACAAAGCCAUAAAGGCCUACGCAGUUGCGUGGUUGCACCCUGAACGCAAAUUAACCACCCAAAUAGACCAAGUUGGUCACAACAACCCAACAUGGAACGAGAAAUUCGUCUUCCGUGUCGAUGAAGAAUUCCUCAAUUCCGAAAGCUCUGUAAUCAUGAUCGAGAUCUACACGUCAGCAUGGCUACGUGAUGUUCUCAUUGGAACCGUUGGCGUUCUCGUCAGUAACCUCCUUCCAGCGUCUUCACGCGCAGGAAACCGCAAACCGAAGCUGCGUUUCGUUGCUCUGCAGAUUCGAAGACCCUCUGGUCGACCACAGGGGAUUCUUAACAUUGGUGUUGCCCUCCUUGAUAGAACCAUGAGAAGCAUGCCUAUCUAUUCCGAUCUCAGUGCCUCCGCUGUUGGUUAUCGUGAUUUGAUGGACUCCAAUAAGAAGAAAUCAAAUACCAAAGAGAACAGUGAAAGAUCGCCUAUGGAUUCCAACCACUUGUUGACUCUACAACGCUCCCAGAGCGAGAAGAAUGACUCCACCAUCAAUGAUUAUACCUAUGAUGCUGCAAGAUUAGGUCAUGGUUAUGUCCUCGAUGGCCACGACUCCGAAUUGAGUGCACCGUUCCCGCGAAGAAUCGGAAAUGAUGAGUCGCUCUGUUCCGACGUAGGGCCGUCGCCGUCGGUGGUGGCAGCCGCGAUUGCCAAGGGGUUGUAUCCCUUGCCGCCGGCUCCGCCGCGGACGGCGGAAAGCUCGGCGAUUGAUGGAUGGUCGGAGAAUAACAGCACGGAAGGGAUGAAGACUAAGAUUGAGAGGUGGAGGAAUGAGCUUACUCCGGCUUAUGAAAACUAUGACGUUGACAAGAAGAAGCCCAAGCAAACGCCGAAGCGUGUUGGUCAAACGCCGAGACGCCCCAAUCGUCGCAACGGGUUGUUUUCGUGUUUUGGCACUGCGUUUGGGUGUGAGUUUUCGAUUACUUGCGGUGGGGGUAACCGCAAGAAGAGGCAUGGAAGUGGCAAGGCUCAUCUAACAAGUGCAUCUGAGCUCACUUAUGAAGAAUCCUUCAUUUAA